UGGAGCAGCAGCGCCCUCUCCCGCCUGUGGCUGUGCGCGCAAAAUCGUGGGGAAGUCCCGUUUUCUGAUGAGAAACUAUUGUGCAGUGUUACAAAAAUUUUCUCAUUUUUAUCUUCAAUUCUCAGAAUGUCAAUGAGGACACGUUCCCAGAGCAAAAAAAAAGAAAUGGCGCAAGCAAAGACAGAAGAGACGAGCGAAGGAUUCUUCCGAGAGCACUCCUCGCCAAAACUCGGUCGAAAAGAUCUCAGAAACAGGGUCAGGAGCAGAGAAGGGAAACCAGAGGGGGGCCUGAAGAGUAGAGAUGAAUCGAGUGGCGAAGAUGAACCCGACUGGCGGGGGAGUAACCUGACGGACAGCACAAAGCAAGCCGAUGAAAGUUUCGACCAAGAUCUGAGCUACGUUGGAUCAUGUGAUCGUCCCAGUCGUAGGGGAGAGAAGACGCAACCCUUCAUCGGAACCCGGAACUUAUCACAGAGUGACAAUCGUAAAGGGAGAAAGGACCAGACGGGACUGAGGCGAGAACCACUGAAAACUGCACAAGCCGACGUUGACACAAAGAGAAAAGAGUCUACGAAACUGACGAAAGAAAAGACUUCAGUUGUAACUGGGCUUAAGAAGUCACAAUAUGAGAGAGCUAAAACGAAUCAAGACUCUAAAUCUGUGGGAGUGUUUGUGUAUGUCGCACUCGCAGCAGUUUCUUUGGCUUUCCUUGCUCUUGUGUACGUCUACUGGUUUAUGGAUGUCAGCCAACCCAAAUCGGUAACUCAGCCGGAUUUCGCACAACGCAUGCAGAUGUUGAAGAGUUCGUUUCCAGCUCAGGAGGAACAUUUCUGGGACAUGGUCGAGGCAACGGUCGAAGAUCACCUGGCCCAAGGCUCAGAGCCGAUCGCGCCAAUCGUUCUGCUGGUCGGCAGCCGACCCGACGCGGCCAAAAGCAAUGAGUGCCUUGCGAAGCAACUUGGGUCCGUUCUCGCCAAAACUCUGCCGGGAAAACGCACUGGCGUGACUCCGAUCAACGGCAAAGAGUACGAGAAUCGGAACGCCCACGACGCGAAAGAAGAAAUAGACAGGCGUUUGAGUGCAGGCUUCGAGGGUGGUGAGAAAGUGGCCAUCGUUUUUAACCUGGACGCCCUUCCGCCGUGCUCCAUUCUCCUCUUCCACAGCUACUGCGAAAAUGACGACGCGCGCUACAAAGACGCGGCGCUGAUCUUUACCGUCACCCUGGAUGCGGAACGACCGCUGGGCCAGGACGAAAGCAGGUCCAAACCUAUCAAUCUGAAGGGGCAGGAAGCCUUUCCGAUCUCGAAGCAUCUGCUUAGGGCAUGGGUCGAUAAAUGCGACAAGCUUCCCUUAGAGAAAGUGGAAGCCAUGCUCAGCCGAGUCGCCAACAACGUUGGUAUCGUGCAGAAAGAGAAAUCGGUCUCUUGUUAAGAGGUCCUAAUAUUGAGCAUUGAGGGUAACAUUGUUUUAGUGUACAAACCUAGACAUCUUAACAAAAAAUACCUGACGUUUCUGUCUUUUACGUUGUGUGUUUCUGAUAUCAGUAGGCUACAUCCUACCUGUAUAACCCCCAUGUUAACCCGUCAGCUGUGCCUGUGUAUAAAAACAGCAAGUGUGUGUUAUCAUGUCCUCCGACGCAAACUGGUUAAAAUCAGUAGGUACAUUUUCGGGUAAUCUCAAAUGUUCCUACGUGCCUUUAAACAGAACCACACUCUGUAAAUAUUUUAUGUUAUACAACGCCCGAUUUACGCCUGAAGAAAUUCUCAUUAUCUACAUGUAAAAUUGGUGGGUGUUGGUCGUUGAUCACAUGGCAUUGAAUUAUUCGUCCCGACCCAGUGCUCGGCCACACCGCAAGAAUAGUUCUAUUCCACGGUAAAUAGAAGUUCCAUCUAACGAUUUGGCUCUGACCAAAAAGAUGACGAGGAUUUAUUCAGGUGUUGUAUUAAGCAAUGAUGAAUGUUUCACAUUCGUGCAAUGGAAAGAAUAAUUUCAUUCGGUGACAGAUGGAAUGUUCCAUUUGCCUUGUGAAAUGGACCAUUCCAUCUGUUACCUUUUUAAAUUACUCUUACCAUUGCACUCAUAAACUUUCGUUAUUUGUUUAUUAGCAGAAAGGUAAAACACAGUUGGGCUCUUAAAUGAAGACAUCACAAAACUCAUAUAAAGUCUUUUAUUCAACUUGGCUUUAAUGUGAAAAUGUCAAUUCACAGAAUUGUUAAUUGAAUCUUAAAUCCAUUUGUGAACCUUCAAAAUAAUAAGGAAAUUGAAAGUAAACAUAAAUGACUUCAAUGGAAGUAUUGAUGAAUGUGAGGAGCAUAAUAUAGCGAUGUUUUCAUUUUAAUUAUAAAAUUCAUUUUAAAUUAUUGAAUUAUUCAAUAUAUUAUUCUGGCCAGAAUUGGACGUGUGUAAAAAAUCCCUACCGCAAAACAAAUGUACUAAACUAUCAGAAUAAAGAAUCAGGGAAACACU